AUGACUAACCAACCGGACCAGAAUGUGCUGCGGUGCACAAAGCAACUGUAUACAAACCUACAAUUAAAAGAAAGGUACCAAUUGCUUGAAAGUAACACCAGUAGCCGGCCUCAAGAGGUGACAAAGAUGGAGAGCCUUUUGGCUCUGACUGACAAGACGACCUUGAACAAGUUCAUUCGAACUUUUUUCAGCUGGAAUCCUCCCAACAAUCGCAAAAAAAAUCUGCAAGACUUCAUCACCUUGUUGGAUAAAGAAAUAGAAUCGCUCGCCAUUGGAGAUGAUCUAGAUGAUUCCGAUUUUGGAGAGGACUUUAACGAGGCAUGUUUUGACAUUGCUGAACCAGCCUCCAAGAAGAGAGCGUUGGAAAUAGUAGCCGCGCCUGCUACAAAACCCAAGAAAUUGAAAAUAACUCCCAAUCCACCCGCACCUCCACCCGCCCUCAUCAAUCCGCUGGAAUGUUUUCGAGAAGAUUCUUCCUCACAAUACAACGUCAUCUGCAGUCCUUCCUCAGGUAUAAAAUUGUUUGCAAACGUACCAUACAUCACAUUGUAUGAAAUCGCCCGAUUUUUACAAUCAUGUAAAGUCUCGUGGGACCAAAUCCCCUUUGAUGCAUUUCAGAUGUUUUUAAAUACGGCUAACACUGAACCAAAAAAACUAUACGAUGUCAUGAUGAAGUGGAAUCAGGAAGUCAGACUUGGUUUGAAGUUAAAUGGAUUGGCUUAUACUUGCAUGGAACGAUGCCCUGAAAACGUAUAUGCCUAUAUCGCCAGGAUGAAAAAGGAAGCCGAACAAGCCGCCCUUACUGCUUCAACUCCUAAUCCAACCACACCCAUCACACCCAAACAGGUUAUGACCAUGUCACCUGUCUCACCUUCACCAUCAAUCACGACUACAGUUUCCACAGCAGCAGCCAAAAAGGAAUCAAAGUUAAAGAACAGAAUGAUUCAUUUUAGUGGCAUGAUCCAAUUUAAAGUAGUGAGCAGUCCACCCACCAUUACGCUAAGAGCGCCCAAAGUUGAAGCAUCGAAUCGUCUUUUUCGUAAAUUUGGUCAUGAUCGAUUCUUAGAGUUAAAAUUGGCAAAAUCAAGUAGUCCAUUCCUCAUUCGAAAGCACAAGGAUUAUUUCUUAAAGUCCUUCCUACUCAUGCAUCGCACCUUUCGAUUCUUGUUUGUAAAGGACGAUACCGUGAUCUUAUUUGCAACAGAAGGUAUCGGUCUUGAGCCCAUGUCGAUUCAACAAGUGAUUGAUUGGCAUAUGCCCAUCACUGAAAACUGGGCCAUGACCAUGAGCAAGUACGCCAGUCGAAUGUCCUUAGGUUACAGUAGCAGUAUUCCAACCCUUGUUUUCAAACCCGACGAGAUCCGCUAUGUGGAUGACAUUUAUGCCAAUGGUGUGACGAGCGAUGAAACACUAUGUAUGACGGACGGUUGCGGCAUCAUUUCUCCAUCCGCCAUGAAAAUGAUUAUGGGCUGUCAAGCCACGGACGAACUCCCCUGUGCAAUUCAGGGUCGUAUUGCCGGUGCCAAAGGCAUCUGGAUCAUCUCACCCGACCUAGAUUUUACAAGUGGAAACUAUAUUGAAAUCCGCAAGAGUCAGGACAAGUUCAAGACGGGUUUACCCCAAGAAGAUUUAGGAUUAGAUCCACUUCAUUAUACCUUUGAUCUCGUCAAAAACUCCAUCUGCGUAUACCCAUCCAAUUUGAACACUCAAUUUAUUCAGUCAUUAUCAGCAGGCGGUGUCCCCACCGAGGUCUUCGUCGAGAUCCUAAAGGAAUACAUUCAUCGAUUAGCAGACAUCGUGACAGAGAAUCAAAACGUCAAGAUCCUGAGAGACUGGGUUUCAAAGACAGGUAAUAUCAUGAACAGUCGAUGGGAAAGUGAGGAAAAUACCGAAAAGGGAUUAUGGCACGAUAUAGCUUCGGGUGAGGAUGAAAAUGACAGUGGUAUCUUUAGUAUGGCUCCCUUCUCUCCUCAGAACGGAAACCAUGAUGACGAGAGCUUCACCAGCUCCAACGUACUCGAUGAAAAAGUUUCCACCAGUUUCCCCGCCUUACAAGCUGACGCUGAGGUCAAAAGGAAUAAUUAUAACAAGAUCAACAAAUUCUCGGGUUUCCCCGCUGGUCUGCAUGAAUCUAUCGUGCGUUUGUUGGAUGCUGGUUUUGAUCUAUCCAAUGCUUAUGUAGCAACACGUGUGACCAUGGUCUUUCGUCAAGUCAUGCAAGCCAUUACCAUCAAGUACAGGAUCGAAGUGCCGCAAUCAUGUACAAUCACUUGUGUGCCUGAUCCAACCAAUACACUCGAACCAGGUGAAGUCUUCUUACAACUAUCCAGCCGUAAAAAAGAUGAAAAGACAGGUAUUCGUGCCGGUCAAAUCUUGGGUGAUGUCAUUGUCACUCGUAAUCCAUGUGGUCUGAAAAGUGAUGUUCAAAAGGUGAAAGCAGUGGAUUGUACGGCUUUGCGUAUGUAUACAGAUAUCAUUAUCUUUUCUGUGAAAGGCGAUGUCUCAUUAGCAAGUCAAUUGAGUGGUGGUGAUUAUGAUGGUGAUAUUGUUUUCUGUUGCUGGGACGAACGUAUUGUGAAACCUUUUAAAUCAUCUGCCGUGCCCAAAGAAUCGGAGCGAGUACAAAACGCCUUUCAAAAGGACAAAUCUACACUGGGACAAGAAAUUGGAGCCCAUUCGAAUGCAGAAUAUGCGAUACAAAACAGUUUUAUCUCGGUCACUUUACCGGAUGGCACGUUGGGUGUUUACGAGAAUUGGAGAACAGUGCUUGCAGAGCUUCGAUCGUUGGACGACCCUGAUGUGAUCUAUCUGGCGCAUAUGUGUGCUAAAUUAGUGGAUGCACCUAAACAAGGGCUACGAUUAACCGCCACCACCAGCAGUCGAGAUCGUACGAAUUUCUCCAAGAUAGCCUAUCCAGCAUGGUUCAUGGAUAAAAAGAACAAACAGCGUGAGACGAAUAUGCGAAGUUAUAAAGAAGUUAAUAACGUAUAUACCAUGCAUGAUGCACCAUGUGUGACAACCAUGGAUCACAUGUACGACACGCUACUCAAGGAGACAGCAGCAUUCACGAGAUAUUCUCGUAGUCUUUUCUGUGAUGAGGACGUGCCUUACAAGGAUGUUGAUCUUACCGCGCCUUGGAGUAAAGCAACACAAAAUGCUAAAACCUUGGGAGGUCAAGAUCUGGUGGACGACUUGGACUUGAUUGCUAAAACCAUUCGACAAAACAGAGAAGCUUAUACCACACAAUGCGGCGAAUUUCAAAGCCAAAGAGCCCACUACAUGGACAAUAUCCGUAAUCCAAGUCGAUAUCAAGCCAAUAAAUUUAUUGAUGAAUUACAGAGUCGGUUCAAUAAUUACCUUGAGCUAGAGGAGUACUUUGCAAAGGAUUACAUGGACACACCGGACCCACUGGUGUUCAAAUCAUCCAUCCUUAAAUUCGACGUCGAGGCCAAUAGCGGUAAAAUGUUACAGGUCCUAAAAGCCAGUUACGCCUACACCUUGACCAUCUCCUCAGAUAAAUACAAUAAGUACUGCUAUAUCGUUGCGUACGAUGUUUUGAGAAGAAUUAAAGCAGAUGCCUGUGCUUCCCUCAAUAAAGAAAACGGUCUGGGUGAGUCCGUGUCGGUUUCUACCUAUAAGGCCUUUAAUCUCGAUAGGAAGUAUUUACGAAGAAUCAAGGAAACCGCUUUUGUGGAGAAGGGCGUAGAAAAAGUGCGCUUGUUACCGGACUUGAUUCAGCACAAGCAGUAA